AUGUCAAAAAAUAAAGAUCACAAGAAAAGUAUUCUUACUUCAACUCUGGCUGGUACCGGAGCUGGUUUUGAUUAUGCAGGUUUGUUGCCUACUGAUGUGUUAAAAACAAGAUAUCAGUCGAUUCGAGUUUCUUCGAAUUAUCAAGAUGUCGGCAUACUAAAGUCAUUUAGAAAAAUUAUCAGUCAAGAAGGAUUGUUUGCUUUGUAUAGAGGAACUUUACCUGUCAUGUGUAUUGUCACUCCAAGAGUAUCAUUACAAUACACUGGAUUAGCAAUGUUCAAACCUUUAUUUGAUCAAAUUGAGGGAGUAUUAAUACCUCCCGGAAGUUCAUCUGCAUUCACAGGAAUUUGUACAGGAAUUAUGCAAGCAAUAACUUUGGUAACACCUUUAGAGUUAGUUAAGAUAAGGCAACAAACAGAUUUGAAUAAGCAGAAAUAUUCAGGAAUGAUAUCAACUAUUGUGUCAAUUGUAAAAGAAGAAGGAUUAUUAGCAUUUUAUAAUGGACUUUUACCAACAAUUUUUAGACAAUCUUGGGGAUUGGCUUUUACAGGUUAUAAUACAUUCAAAGAUCUAUUUUCAGUUGUAAAUAAUAAUCAACCCUUAUCACCAUGGCAACAUGCAAUAUCGGGAUUUUCCGCAAAUAUUUUAGUGGGAAUAUUAAAUUCACCACCUGAUGUAGUGAAAACGAGGAUGCAAGAUCAGAAUGUUGGAUAUAAAAAUAGUUGGGAAUGUGUAAAGGCUAUGUUAAAAAAUGAAGGAAUAAAAUCAUUCUUUAAAGGUGCUACUUUGAGAUGUAUUAGAAUUGCACCUGGAGGAGCUAUACAAUUUUCUACUUAUGAAUAUUUGAAUAAGAUGAUUAGUGAAUCUAUUAAAGUUUGA